GGAGCGCCAGUAGGUGGCAGCACUCAAUCGACAUUGUGUUGCUAACAUCAUCCUUGGUUGUCAGUGAGAAAAGCUACAGUCAUCUGAAUUGAGUUUGUUGUCCAGAUUUUUGGUUUUCAAAUUGAAAAUAUGGAGGAGUAUCAUUCUGGAGAUGAAGUGUCUUUCAACCCAGAUGAAGCAAGUAAUGUUGUCAAGGAGUGCAUUGAGGGUAUUAUUGGAGGCGUGGACUACAGCCAGAACAAAGUGAACCAGUGGACAGCCAGCAUAGUCGAACACAGUCUCACCCAGUUAGUGAAACAGGGGAAACCAUUCAAGUACAUCGUCAACUGUGCUGUGAUGCAGAAAAGCGGUGCAGGUCUUCACACAGCCAACUCUUGUUACUGGGACACUACCACUGACGGAAGCUGCACAGUGAGGUGGGAGAACCGCACCAUGUACUGCGUUGUCAGUGUGUUUGCAGUGGCUAUUGCGCUAUGAGCAGGAACCAGGGCUGAGAUGCGACACACACAGGCACAGACCAUGAAAAACACCUUCGCUUUGACCAUUAUGUCUGUUAUGAAGCCUUCAACACACCGGCUAAGACUUAAACCAUGCUCAACGUGUCUGUUUUACCUAAUCUGCAAUGUUUAGACUGUAUUGCAAGUGCUUGUCUACCACAUUGUAUGUGUAUUUGCCAUUUCUGUUUUUUUGGACUUGCAAAGGUUACAUGCACCUUUGCUCUGUAUAGAAUAUGUUGUUUAAUUAUUAAAGUUGUCAGCUUUGGGUUUAAUAAUCCAGUGUUAAGAAAAUGAA